AGUGGGUGAGGGGGCGUGGGGGCUGGAGCUGCAAGUGGAAGGACAGGAAUCGUGGGGCUCCCAGGUGGCUGUUUUAGCUGCAGAGGCCCCGAGGGUUUCUCUUUUAACAUCCGCUUUCUGAUGAUUUAAUAUACCCCUGUUUAAAGAAUUGAGGCUAGGGAGAGAAAGCGAAGCCAACACCAGAAUGGCUCGUAAGGGAGGACUGUAGCACAAAUCAAUGGUUGCAGACUUGGCGUCAGGGUGACUGAAGAGUAGCACUGUAUAUAUAUAUACAGCAUCAUGAUUGCGAACUUAUAAAAACAGUUAUUGCGAAAGGGAUCAUGAGAGUGAAUAAGCGCGAAAGAGGUGGUAAUUUAUGAUACAUCUGUAUUACGUUUACUUCUGGCUACCGGAUGAAUUUGCACAUCUUUCCAGUUUUUGGGAAUCGCAAACUAAAAGGGUUUUUGAGAGGUUAAGAUUUGAAGUGCGUGUGUGUGUUUGUGUGCGCGAGCACAGUGCACUCACAUGUCUGUCUUUACUGCCUUGAGAGACAGCCAAAAUCUAGUGCUCUCCCUAGGGCUUUAUGGAAUAAUUAUAGAUCAAUAUACGGCCUUGCUAUAACGCUACUUCUGAUUCAUUAAAUUUUCUGGUACUUGGUAGGAAACGAUGUAAAAACGCUCUUGGCCUGUGAUUGAAACUUCACAAAGAUGUCUGUGCUAAUCUUGGUAGCGCCCAUCACUUCUGUGAGAAUUUUCUGCCACUAUUAACGUUAUAAAAAGUAUAUUUUAUUUAAGGAUGAAAUUAAAUAAAUUCUUCCAUGUCUGUAGUUUGUGAGAAAUUUGGAUAGGGCUCAGGUACAUUGUAAUUUUUAGCCUAGAUAUGAGAAUUAUCUAGGGCUGACAGGUGCAAAAGGAGGUAAGUCGCUAACAUGAGGUCACUGUGCCUUAUAUACAUUUGGGGGAAAUAGGGUUGGUCUAGGGAUCUUUUAAAACUCUCAUGAAAUUAUCAUAUCAGAUGUGUCCCAACUGAUUCUGUCCGGCUGGGUGGUUUCAGGUCCUUUUGUUCUGUGAGUCACUCUCCAUUCACAUACCUGUGUCUAAAGUACAGGCAUCUAGAUCUGAGCUGACUCCGUUCUCAGCGUCUGCUUUUGAAUUAGGUGUCUGGUCCAGGGACUUCUUCCGUCCUUGCCAACAGGGACGCUCACCUGUCAUGAAAUAAAACUUCUGCAUCAGAGGUGUUAAGAUGAGCACGACAUCUUUGCCUUUAGAGACCUUGUAGAUUAAUGAGACAGACCGUGAAAUACUGUGGGGGUAGAUAUUGACCAAGUGUUAGCCACAGAGCAAGUUCAUGCUGAGGAUUUAAUGAACUCUGGGAAUAUUUCAUGGAGGUUAAAUGUUGUCUUUAACUUGCCAGGGUUUAAUGUAGGGCUCCCAUAUGUUUGUUAUCUAAAAAAGUAUAUUUUAACUAUUUCUUUAAUUUGGAUAUGGUUAGAAGUUGAUAAGAACCUAAACUUCAAGGCCCGUCCCUUGGUCAUGAAACACUAGACUGUGCGUUUAAAAUCACCCAUCUAUGACAUCUGAGAACAGAAGAAGUAUCUUCCCACCUUUAUGUAGCCUUAGUGGAACACUGUGAUCAGCACAAAAAUACCAAGUCUUCUACCUUGGGCUUCCCAUUCCUAAAGCUGCAGAAAUCACGUCCUCUUGCAGCUGUUAAGAAUACAGUUAAAUAAUCUAGGAAGAUGGGAUCCAUUGCCAGCAAAAAUAAGUACAGGGUGCUUUUGAAACACUUGGAUGCAUAUGCAGUCAAGAAUGUUCUUAGCCACUUUGUUUAUAAUAUUCAAAAGUUAGAAAUAAACCGGUUGUUUACUAGCAGGCAGAGGAUACAUAAUACAGUUGAUGGGACUGUAUUAAUCAUUAGCUACAUUCAUUAAUAAUGAGUUUUAUUUUUAAAAGGAACAGGUUUGUGGCUGAAUAGAUAAUGGCAUAGUACAGUUUAUAUAGGAACAAAAUUAGGUAAAAUAGGUGUCCUUUAAGACUAUCUGAAGAAUAUCAAAGAAGUGAAAUAAAAUUGUGAUUGAUAGAGAGGCAAGGGUGUGUGAUGGGGAGGGAUAAAUACAUACAGCAGCACUGGUAAUUAAGAAAUUAGGCUAACAGUUUUAAUAAAAGCAGUAAAGAAAACCGUGGAAACAUAGCCAGUUGUUUAAAAUAAUGAAGGUUUAUUUUUCAGUCUAGUGUCAUGUGACAUGGGUUGCCAGGUGAAACUGAUACACAGUCAUCCCAUAUCAUCUUUUGAUGCUGUCACACAGCAGUUAUUUUUGGCAGGAAGAAGAGAAGAUUGGAACUAGAACAUUGGUAAUUAAAUGCUUUCUCUGGCAAAUAACUUUGAUAAAAAAUCCAUUUGAACCUCAGCGCCGUCUCCCUGUGAAAAAAACUCGACAACAGCUUCAGCGAGAAAAAGCCCUUCUAGAGCAGAGCCAAAAGCUUGGCCUUCAAGAUGGAUCAGCCUCAUUGCUUCCAGAGCAGCUGCUCUCUACACCCAAACAGAGCGCUAACAGUCAAAAGCCACCCCCCUCUUCCCCUGCUGUCCCCAGUCCCCUCACCUUCACCUCUUCCACUGGAGAUGGAGAACUACAUGGUGGUGAAAGUCAGCUGCAAGAACCAGGACUUGGGAAUUCCCACCAUGGUUCCAGAAGUGCCGAGAUUCAAACUCCAAAGCCAGACUGCAAAGUGGAGAAAAAGAAAAUGGAAUUGCAAGAGAAAUCUCGUUGGGAAGUCCUCCAACAAGAACAACGACUAAUGGAAGAGAAAAAUAAGCGUAAGAAAGCCCUUUUGGCUCAAGCCAUUGCGGAAAGAUCUAGGAGGACCCAAGCAGAGACCAUGAAACUGAAGAGGAUCCAGAAGGAGUUACAGGCCUUAGACGACAUGGUGUCAGCUGACAUUGGAAUCCUCAGGAACAGAAUUGAUCAGGCCAGCCUAGAGUAUUCCUAUGCACGGAAGCGCUUUGACAGGGCUGAAGCUGAGUACGUUACAGCGAAGCUGGAUUUACAGCGCAAAACCGAGACCAAAGAGCAGCUCACGGAGCACCUCUGUACGAUCAUCCAGCAGAACGAGCUCCGCAAGGCCCAGAAGCUGGAGGAGCUGAUGCGGCAGCUGGAUGUGCAGGCCGAUGAUGAGGCCUUGGAGCUGGAGCUGGAGGUCGAACAGUUGCUUCGAGAACAGGAGGCAGAGGCAGCCAGACAAAUGGCUCCUGUAGAGAGGCUGAGUCAGCCUGAUGGGGAGGGGGUGUCAUCAGAAUUGACUGAAGAGAACAAAGAGCCUCAAAAGCCAGCUACUUCCCCGGAGACAGACAAGCCAGGCAAAUGUUGCAGUAGCAGUCCCCGUAGACUAGACUGCCCAGAUGCAGGCGCCCAGAACUUUCCAGCCGCUGUGGCCACGUGAGGGGCCAGUGUUUUGCAGUUAACAUAUCUCCGCAGACAUAGCUGUGUCUGAUAAAACUUCUCUACACGUGUUUGUGUUUGGAUCAGUGCUUACUGUUAGUGUGUUAGCAUGUCAGAUCAUUCCAAAGUCACAUAUUGUGACGGUUUCCUAUCUAGGGAGUGUUGGUCCCUCAGUGUUCCUUCAAGCCUCGUUACCAGGUUAGAAGUGACUCAAGAGAGGGAAGUGCUUGCGGCCUGCGUUUGACUGUCAACACUACAAAACUAGUACAGUGGUAGGAGAAACUGCAUGACAGCGGGAGCAGGUACUCUCGGAAGCAGGUGACAGGCUUCUCAACCCUUGGCCAAACUUAACUUAUGAGAGAACAUUGACUGUGUGGCCUUCUAUGCAGUCAUAUACAGAGAGAGGGGAAGAGAAAAACAGGUUAAAUUACCUCUCUGGAUACUACAAGAGUACAAGAGUCACUAGGCACAACCUAGAAUCCUAGCUUAUGUAAGGAACUAGACAACUUAAGCCAACAUUAUUUUCCCUUUAAUUUGCAGUAAAUGGUUUCUUUUUCACACCUGAAUUUUGGUUAGUUGAUACACAUCCAUAAACAAACCGUGUAUGUGUAACUUUACUUUUACUGUAUUCUGUUCUCCUUAAUCAAUGAAUUGACAGAUAAAGCGUAGACAAUGAAAGUGUUUCUAAAGUGACUGAAAAUUUCAAGUCAUUGCAACUUGAUCAUCCAACAAUGGUGUGCUCCCUCUCUAAAGCUCUGUAACACAAGCGUUUAUAUGUUGGGUAUUGAUUCUGCUGUCACAAAGCACUGAAAUCCUUAAAGUACUUACUUUCUUAUCACUUUCAUAGUUUGCUAAUCACCUGUUCCUGAAAACUUGACUGGUGUAUUGUGCUAGAUUUGAAUGUGUAUAAAUACUUUAGUUUUGCCACAAAUAUACAAAUAUUACCUUAACUUGUGAUUGAAUUGUCAGAAAUUACAAAAAAAUGAAAAAUAUGCUUUAUUCAUAAAAAUGAGCUGUUUUUAAAGGAGAUAAAGACAGUUGUUUCUACAUAAUACACUGUAGAAAAGCUAGGGACAUACUAUUUUUACAUUAUUGUUUAGGACAUCUUCUGAUAGUAAGGAUGCCUUGUAUUUUUCAAUGACCUGAGCUACAAGUAUAAUUUUCCAUUACUAAAGUGUUGUUUUUUUAUUUAUGAAUGAGACACUACGAAUUUAAAACUUCAUUGCCAAAUACAGUCUUAUUUUUCUAAGGAAUAAACAAGUCUGAUAUGUUUACA